AUGAGUACCUCUGUUACCUUAAAGAUGCCAACCAACUCUGCUGGCAAAGCUAUGUUGGAAUUGAAGUUGCUUGACUCUCUGCGUGGGUCUAAUUUUGAAGAAUUGAAAAAAUUGUUGGAUACUGAUUUUAACGAUUUCGAUAAAGAUUCUAAAGACUUAAAGAAUUUGGUGCUACAUUAUGCCGUGCAAGUAGCGAAUUUAGAUCUAAUUGAACAGAUUGUUUCAAGUAGAAAUGGGGAAGGUUCUUCAAAAAUUAUCACAGAUAUAAAUUUACAAGAUAAAGAUGGUAACACACCAUUACAUUUAGCUGCUGCACAAAGUCGUGGAGAUGUAGUAAAUUAUUUAAUGAAUCAACCAGAUAUUAAUGAUUGUAUUAGAAAUAAAGCAAAUCUACAAGCUGUGGAUGUUUGUAAAGAUUUAAACGUAGUACAAACUAUGCAAUUGAAACGUUCAAAAUACGUUCAACAAAUGUCGGAGGUAUUAAAAGAUGCAGCUAGAAAGAAAGAUUUCAAGAAGAUAGAUAAAAUUUUCGAUUUACCAAGAAAUAAAGAAUUAUUAAAUUUAAAUGGUAUAGACUCUUCCACCGGUGAAAAUAUUUUCCAUGAGUAUGCUAAGUUAGGUGAUGUCGAUGUUUGUCGUUGGCUAUUGAAAAAUGGUGCCAACCCUUCCAUUACGAAUUCUAGAGGUCAAACAGUUUACGAUAUCGUCAACCAUUUGAAACCAACAGAAAGUUUAAAAUAUGAAAAUAUCUUGGAAUUAAAAAGAUUAUUAGAAGAAAAUGCUAAAGAAAAGACCGUUCUAGAUAUGACUCACUCAUUAAAAGAAGCUCCAACUUAUCAAGGUUAUUUGAAGAAAUUUACAAAUUUUGCAAAAGGUUUUAAAGUUCGUUGGUUUGUAUUAACAAGUGAUGGUAAAUUAUCUUAUUAUAAAAAUCAAGAUGAUGCCAAAAAUCGUGCCAGAAAUUCGCUGAAUUUGGCAAACUGUUACCUACAUGUAGAUUCAACUGAAAAAUUGAAAUUUCAAAUCAUCAGCAAUGAUGCUGGUAGAUCAAAGUGGAAUUUAAAAGGUACCCAUGCAGUUGAGACUAAUAAAUGGAUUUGGGUUAUCCAAGCCGCUAUUAGAUACGCAAGAGACAAGAAAAGUGGUGUACUACUAAAUGCUAAACAUAUAAAUAGAAGCACUCCCUCUUUAGGUAGGAAUCCUUCAGUGAAAAGUAAUGACAGAAAUAGUAGAAAUAGCAAUGCUAAGUCUAUAAUGUCCAAUGAACUGAAAAUGAAUGAAAAUUUGACGCAAUCAGGAAAAUCAUACGUUAACAAAGUCAUUGAAACUAGAUUAGAAGUACCACAAGAAUCACAUUCAAAUAAGGAGCGUUUUUCAGUAAUGGAAACAACAAGUUCAUCUCCUACAAAGGCAGCAGAUGUUUCUAGUAUGUCUAUUUCAAGCUCUAGAUCGAAUAUAGUUUAUGAGGAAGGGAAGAAUAUUGAUAACUAUCAGGAGGAUGAAGCAAUUUCUGAGGAGGAUGAAGAUGGAAUCGAUUUGAAACAAGGAUUCAAUGAAGAAGAUUUGAAUAUGCAAUAUGGUCCUCAUUCACAGGAAAUUUCAAUGCUUCAAAAAACAAUUUCUUUAGAACUGAACUCUGUUGCCAAACUCCUUAAGAGUGGUACAUACAAUAGUGAAUCCAAUAGGGUUGUAGAAAAGUCAAUGGAUUCUGCACUAUCCUCAUUUGAAAAACUGAAUUCUUUAACCACUGAGAGGGAAAAUAGGUUUGUGUCCAUGCUCGAUAAACAGCGCGAUGUCAAUAGUGUAUGGAUCCAAUCAGUAAAGGACCUUGAACGUGAGAUGUUGGAAAAGACAAAGAGAUUAGAAUCAAUUGAUAAAGAAAGAAAGCAACUAAAAAAAGUACUCCAAAAAAAAUUACAAGAAAGUGCCGCAGCUUCUACAAGAUCAAUUGUGUCAGUCGACUCAAAGGAAGAACCAGGAAGUACAUUGGAUUAUGUAGCUAAAUUUAUCAAUGCUACAAAGGAUGAGAAUGAGGAUUCUGACGCCGACGAAUUUUUUGAUGCAGAGGAGUCCCAAGAAGAAGGUGAAGAAGAACAUAUGCAAAAAGCACCUGCUACAAAAGAAAAAGAGAAAGUACCUGUUAUAACUUUACUACCUGCUGAGACAAUACCAGAAAAGCCAAUUGAAAAUCAUGUUCCUACUGUUCAACCAGUAUCUAUCGAAAAAGAACUUGUUAGUGCUACACCGGAAGUAGGGACAGAAGUUGAACCAUCAGUGCCAGUAAAACCACUUGAAAUUGAGGUUCCAAAAGAACCAGUCAAAAUUCAUGCUGCAGGUCCAAUUUCAGUUCCAAAUGUAGGUCCGAUAAUAAGUCCUGUUUCAAGUAAAGCUGCUGAGUUGGAUAUUUCACCAAGAGUUUCAAAGGAACUUCAAAGAAUUGUAAAAGAAGAAACAACCAUAUCAGUUGAAAAAAUUGCUGUCAAUGAGCUACAAAGAAAAAAAGAAAGCAUAAUGCUGAAAGAAGGUUCAUUCAAGGGUUAUGAAGAUGGUGUGAGAAAGAGAUUAAAAUUAGAUGAAGAUGAUCGUCCUUCCAUUAGUUUAUGGUCCGUAUUAAAAUCUAUGGUGGGUAAGGAUAUGACAAGAAUGACAUUGCCUGUUUCAUUCAAUGAACCAACUUCUUUGUUGCAAAGAGUUGCUGAAGAUUUAGAGUAUUCUGAAAUAGCAGAUCAUGCAGCUCAAUUUGAUGACUCAACCUUAAGAAUGCUAUACGUUGCAGCAUUUGCAGGUUCCUCAUACGCUUCCACAACAAAGAGAGUCGCCAAACCAUUCAAUCCGCUUUUGGGUGAAACAUUUGAAUAUGUAAGACCUGAUAAACACUAUAGAUUCUUUGCUGAACAGGUUUCACAUCAUCCACCUAUUUCUGCAACCUAUACAGAAACCCCUAAGUGGGAUUUCUGGGGUGAAUCAUGGGUUGAUACCAAGUUCACUGGUAGACAAUUCAAUGUUAAACAUUUGGGUUUAUGGUAUUUGAGAAUGCGUCCAGAUUCUACUGGAUCAGAAGAAUUGUAUACAUGGAAAAAACCAAAUAACACUGUUAUUGGUAUUUUGGUUGGUAAUCCACAAGUUGAUAACAAUGGUGAUGUAGAAAUUACGAAUCAUAAUACUGGGGAUCGCUGUUUACUGCAUUUCAAAGCCCGUGGUUGGAGAUCUUCUGGCGCUUAUGAAGUUAGAGGUGAAGUUUACAACAAGGCUGGGAAAAAGACUUGGGUAUUAGGUGGUCAUUGGAAUGAGUCAUUUUAUGCUAAGAAAGUUACUGCAAGUGGAAAUGCAGAAUUAUCUCUUGAAAAAACCAAAACUACUUCAUCAGCUACAUUCCAUGAACCUAAAUUUGAUGGUUCGGUAUUCCAAAUUUGGAAAGCUGGUAAAAGGCCUAAGGCACCUUUCAACUUGACACCAUUUGCAAUUACUCUAAAUGCUCUACAACCUCAUUUGGUGAGUUGGUUAGCCCCAACUGAUACUCGUUUAAGACCAGAUCAAAGAGCUAUGGAAGAUGGUGAAUAUGAUUUAGCUGCUGAUGAAAAGCAUAGACUUGAAGAGAAACAAAGAGAAGCUAAGAGAGAAAGAGAGGACUCCAAUGCCGAUUACAAACCUAAAUGGUUCAUUAAUACUGUCCAUCCGGUUACCAAAAUGAAAUAUUGGAAACCAAAGGAAGACUAUUGGAUUUGUAGAAAUAAUCACGACUUUAAACGUUGUCCUGAUAUCUUUUAA